GCAGACCAACUUUAUUUUGGAAAGCCACAGACGUGAUAGGGUGAGCGCAACCACUCGACUGGGAACGGUCGGGAGAAGGAUUAACCGUGACACCAUUAUGGAGGAGGUCGCCGGAAGCUCCGAACCCGAGGCGGAGCCUGAGGCCGAGGAACCAGAGAAAGUCUAUGGGAAGCUUAGGGAAGAGGAGCCUGCGGACAAGGUUACCGCCGCUAAGAAGAAGUCUACGUAUCAAAUCCCGAUCUUAACCUUGCCUGAGCUCGAUGACACCAUUAGCAAGUUACUAGGAACCAUGGUGUCGGUGUCUUUUCAAACCAUGCUGCAGGCUAGCCCUAGGCUGCUCAAAGGGCUCAGACAACUGUUGACUCGGAGGCGAGUAGAAAUAGGCGACAACCCCGAAUUACCAGAAGGGGAGAGGGAGGAGGAAGCUCCGCAAGAAGUGGCUAACCUUCAGAGGAGUCACGGGGACUUGGAGGAUCUCGAAAAGGCCUUUGCAGACAUUCGUUUGAGCUUGCCCGACCGAGAGGGUGGCGAAGUCAUGAGAUCGCCACCCGGGACGAAGCUUAGCUUUCAUGCGCUGCCCGUAGGGAAACUGAAAAUUCAGAUCGGAAGUCAUCAUACCGACGCAUUAGUAGAUGGGGGAGCAGAAAUUACUCUCAUAAGGAGAUAUUUCGCAACGAUCGCGGGAUGUACGGUGAACAAGGAAGUAACAGGGAGCAUCCAGGGACCUGGCGGGGAAAUCCCGUUCGCUGAGUACGUCACGAAGUGUGCUGUGAAGGCAGGGGUCAGGGAAUCGAUCUGGUCGUUUCAGCGGAUGACCGUAAUGAAGGAAAUGGACCACGAUAUAAUCAACGGGAGACCGUGGUGCGCGAACGUAGAGGUGAUAGGCAUGCACUUGCACGAUGGCUCAUACAUGGUAGACAUAGAGGACCCUGUGACCGGCCGAGGAGAGCUCCUCCGACUCCUUGGAACGGGAGGAGACCCCCCGAAGGGAAAAUUGGCAACAUGGUCGCCGUCGUUCGAGGAUAGCACGCGGAAAGGGGCUUUCGCGCGGAUGGAGGGUAUGAGAGAAAGGGUAGAAAUCAUGAUUGAGGAAGCAUUCAACAAAAAGGAGUGAAUCAAGAUGGGCCUGCCCCAGAAGAAGAGGAGGCAGGAGGACGAAGUCCUAGGUGUUAUGGUAGC